AUGGCUACAGCUGUACCUAACGGUAAACUCUAUCGCGGGUUAUCUGUUCCCGAAACGGGAGCCAUUUGCCUGAAGAGAGAGCUAUCAAAGAAGGAAUUUCGGGAGCUGAGCAUUCUUGGCUGGCUCGUUGAGAUGCUUCAGGCGAACAUUCUUAUCCUGGACGACAUCAUGGACGAAUCCACUACCCGCCGGGGUCAGCCUUGCUGGUACAAACGCGAAGAAGUAGGACUGUCCGCGAUUAAUGAUGCAAGCAUUCUGAAAUCUGCUCUAUUUAUGCUUCUGAAGAAGCAUUUCACCCAUCAUCCGUCCUACUUGCAAAUGGUGGAGAGUUUCCAGGAAAUUGCCCUGUUGACCGAAAGUGGCCAGGAGAAUGAUGAACUGGUGACCAGGGAGCCUGAUCCUCAGAAGUGGACUCUGGGGCAUUAUGAGAGCAUCACGCUGCUGAAAGGGGGAUAUUACAGCUUCUAUCUAUCGGUUCUCUUGGGUCUGCAGUACGUUAAUAUUGCAACGCCGCUGAAUGUCAAGCAAACCGAAGCAACUUUGGUGCCACUUGGGCAGUUUUAUCAAGUCCAAAACGAUUACCUCGAUAUCUUCGGCGAUAGCGCACGCACGGGGAAGCUCGGCAAUGACAUCAACGAGAAUAAAUGCUCUUGGGCUGUUAUCCAGGCACUGCGCAUCUGCAAUGAGGAACAGCGGAAUAUCAUCUGCCAGAAUUAUGGCAAGCCUGGAGUGAAAUUCGCAAGGGAUGUACAGAAUGUGUUCGAGUCGUUGCCACUAGUUGAGUUGUUUCGGGUGGAGACAGAGAAACUGUUCAAUGGUGGUUUGCGCCAUAAGAUAAAAGAACUAGAUGAGGGCGAAGGGUUGCGCAGAGGAAUCUUUGGAGGAUUUUCGGUCUCGCCUACACAGUUUGUGCGGCAGGGCACAAUCUUUCGUUCUGCCAACCCAAGAAACCUUGAUGAAUCCGAAUUCUCGAAGCUGUACGAUGGCUGCGGAAUUAGAGCAAUCUUCGACUUGCGACACAGCACCUUUGAUGACUCAACCCAUCAAACAUAUAUGGUUGGGCCCAUUCCAGUCUUCAGUGCCCCAGCAGUGGAGGCCUUUGAAGAAGGAUUCCUGCAAAAAUAUUUUGAUCUGCUUAUGACGAACCCUGUCGAUGCUCUCUUGGACCUAUAUAUUUGUAUCCUGCAUUCAGCAACAGAUGGACUUCGCGUGAUCUUCAAUUUCAUUCUCGAAAACCCACACAAACCAUUAUUGAUCAACUGUGAGCUGGGAAAGGAUCGCAUAGGAGUCGUCAUUGCCGUGAUACUUCUCGUAUUGGGGGUGUUGGAUAACAAUAUCGUUGAGGAUUUUCGUCAAUUAGAGAAAGGUAUAGCAAAUAUCGUUACUGGUAGAAAAGAGAAGAUGAGAGAAUUGCUGUCGUCGCAGGGUGUAUCGGCGCACUCCGAUGCGCUGGAUAUUCAUUUCUCUGCGGUCCCUGAGGCUAUGAGUACCUUUCUCGUGCGUUCCAGACAGGUUCAGGGCAGUGGGAAACUAUUUCUUCGGAGUAUCGGGUUCACACAGGCAGAUGUUAUUACUAUACAGAACAAUCUGCUUUCAGACAUGUGGUGGACCGAUGGUAAAAAUUGA